UUAUUUUGCGGAACAUCACGUUUUUUUCACACUGUAUCCUCCCUCGCUCUCUCUCCUCCACCCACACUCCCUCCUCUCCCACCGACCCCAGUUUCUAAUUGCAUCUCAUUACCAAACCUUUCAGUUUUCCCAAGCCCCACUCUCUGGUGGGGAGGAGCAGCUUCAGUUGGAUUCUCCUCCUCGGCAUCAGCGGCAGGAUCAGCAGCAGCAGCUGUCAAGGACUUCACCUAAUCAGACACCGUGACACUGCAAUGACCUCACUCGGACUGUCGCCCUUGUUGUUGCGCUCCCUCCUCAUCCUACACGUCCAUCUUUCCAGCCAGCUAGAAGACAACAAGAUCCCACCCAGUCUGUGCACCGGUCACCCUGGGAUCCCCGGCUCUCCCGGGGUUCAUGGCAGCCCUGGUCAGCCGGGGCGAGAUGGGAGGGAUGGGAGAGAUGCUGCUCCGGGGGAGAGGGGAGACAAGGGGGGCCGGGGAGACUCAGGUGAGACAGGAGUGCGGGGCCUGACCGGAGACAAAGGUGACCUGGGAGAAAAGGGGGAGAGGGGCCAGCAAGGAGAGUGUGCUGUGGCUCCCAAAUCAGCCUUCAGUGCCAAACUAUCCGAGGGCCUCACUUUGCCCCUCACUGUGGGAGAUGCGGUCCGCUUCGACAAGAUCACGCUGAACGAACAGGGGGACUACAACACGGAGACCGGACGCUUCACCUGCAAAGUGCCUGGAGUCUACUACUUUGCCGUCCACGCCACAGUGUACCGCGCCAGCCUGCAGUUCGACCUGAUGAAGAACGGACACACGGUGGCGUCUUACUUUCAGUUCUACGGAAACUGGCCCAAACCGGGCUCUCUGUCGGGCGGCUCCCUGCUCCACCUCGUCCCUGGUGACCAGGUGUGGGUCCAGAUGGCUCUGUCAGAGUACAAUGGGUUUUACUCCAGCACCAAGACCGACAGCACCUUCACGGGCUUCCUGGUCUACUCAGAAUGGAAACACUCUGCUGUGUUUGCAUGACACGUGCCUGUGAACAAAACAAAGUUAAAUUCCCCUUGUGAGAAAUGAACCACAAGCUUUUUCUAAGUUUCCUAAUUGAGUUUUCCCGGAUAAUGACAAGUGGCUGUGGUGUGCGACAGCUGUAUUUGUGUGUGUGCAAAGUAAAAACGGACAAUCUUACUUGAAUGGCACAUACCGUACUGGUGAAGUGGGAGGUACGCACUCUCUGCGGUAGUGUUUGCUCAGUGUCUGUUCUUCACUUGCAGCUUUUAAACUGUUGUGACAGUUAAUUCUUGUACCAGAUGUUUUGACAGCGGCCCCCGGCCAACUCCAAUUAUUGCACUUUGUGUCUCACCGGUUUCUGCUCAGCGAACAUGAAAUAACAUAAAUAAACCAUUUUAGUUUUUAAAACACA